AAUAGCACCUUAUGGUCCAAUUAAAACCUUCUGAAAUCCUAUUGUCCAAAACCGCGGGCGAGAAACGUGUUCGUGUUCUUCUUUUUCCUCUCUCUCUAGGCAGGGCACAUCAACUUGUGCUUCUAUAACUAUAUAUUAAGGACGGGACGGACGGGCUGCAUUCUUAUAUAUCUAGGCAACAAGCGAAGGGAACAAAUUGCAGAGAGAUCAGGAGCCAUGGAACCAGCAACACUUGGGAAGUCUCUCUUGGUGCCCUGCGUUCAGGAGCUGGCAAAGGAGUCACCGGCCACUGUCCCAACAAGAUACUUGCGUCUUGAUCAAGACCCUCCAAUAAUAAACAACAAUGAGGUGGCUUCCUUGCCCCAAAUCCCAGUAAUUGACAUGCGAAGAUUAGUUUCUGAAGAACAAAUGGAUUUAGAGCUGGAUAAAAUGGACCGUGCAUGCAAGGAAUGGGGUUUCUUCCAGCUGAUAAAUCAUGGAGUGGAUGAUUCAUUGGUUAACAAAGUGAAGGAAGGGAUUCAAGAGCUGUUCAACCUACCAAUGGAGGAGAAGAGCAAGUAUUGGCAAAGACCAGAAGAAAUGGAGGGAUUUGGACAAGCUUUUGUUGUGUCUGAGGAGCAGAAGCUUGAUUGGGGAGAUAUUUUCUACAUGAUCACUCUUCCAAAGCAUGCGAGGAAACCCCAUUUAUUCCCCAUGCUUCCUCAACCACUCAGAGAUACUUUGGAAGCAUACUCGGCGGAAUUAAAAAAUCUUGCCAUGAAAAUCCUCUAUCUCAUGGCUAAAGCUCUAAGAAUGAAACCUGACGAGAUAAAAGACAUGUUCGAAGAAGGAUCUCAGAUGAUGAGGAUGAACUAUUACCCACCAUGCCCACAACCAGAGCUUGUCAUGGGCCUGAACUCUCACUCUGAUGCUAUUGGCCUCACAAUCCUCCUCCAAGUCAGUGAGGUGGAAGGGUUACAGAUAAGGAAAUCUGGGAAGUGGAUUCCUGUUCAACCACUUCCCAAUGCGUUCGUGAUCAACAUUGGAGACAUGUUGGAGAUUGUGACUAAUGGGAUUUACCGUAGCACUGAGCAUCGAGCAACUGUUAACUCAGAGAAAGAGCGAAUUUCUGUGGCCACCUUUUACAGCCUCAAUCUGGAUGGAGAACUGGGUCCUGCGCCAAGCCUUGUUACUCCAGAGACUCCAGCAGCAUAUAGGAGAAUGAUAGUGGCGGAUUUCCUGAAAGGAUUUUUAUCACGUAAACUCGUUGGAAAAUCAUAUGUUGAUGUCAUGAGGAUUCAAAAUGGAGGUGACAAAGACAAUUGAUCUCUUCCCACUUCACCUUGUCCAAUUUCAAGAAACCAGAUGAUUGAAUAAGUUGAGUCUAUCUCCAUGUCUAAUGUGAUGCGCAUACUGAUAUAAUUGCGCACUACUUCUGAUACAGUGAACGGCAAACGCCGCCUAUUAUUACUAGACCAAAAGUUUGAAACAACCUCCGUAAUUUAUUCCACUUGUCACUGGAGUUGACAGCAGGGGAAGACAAUGGCUUGAAUUUUGUAAGACAUUUCUCGCUCUGUUGUAGAUGCAUCUGCAUUUCAUUCAA